GUCUCGCGAGAUUUUCCAAGAUUGUUCCCAGCACGCCCUCUUAUGCGGUUGCCAAGGCAACUGGACCUUGCCUGCGCCGGCGGGAUAGAGGCGGAUGAAUUUUUGCCUGCUUUCCUGGGGGACUUCAAAAGUGGCCAUCCCUGAGCUUCUAGCCCUAGAAACUACGGCCUCUGCUCCAGGCGGUCCCCCUGCCUCUAGGGGCCAUGGGCCGGAUCUCAGGACUGGUGCCCUCUCGUUUCCUGACGCUCUUGGCUCAUCUAGUGGUGGUCAUCACCUUAUUCUGGUCCCGGGACAGCAACAUCCAGGCCUGCCUGCCUCUCACGUUCACCCCCGAGGAGUAUGAGAAGCAGGACAUUCAGCUGGUGGCAGCGCUCUCUGUCACCCUGGGCCUCUUUGCAGUGGAGCUGACCGGUUUCUUCUCCGGAGUUUCCAUGUUCAACAGUACCCAGAGCCUCUUCUCCAUCGGGGCUCACUGUAGUGCAUCUGUGGCCCUUUCCUUUUUCAUAUUUGAACGUUGGGAGUGCACCACGUACUGGUACAUUUUUGUCUUCUGCAGUGCCCUCCCAGCUGUCACUGAAGUGGCAUUAUUCAUCAGCGUCUUUGGGCUGAAAAAGAAACCUUUCUGAUUACUUUCAUGGGAACAUAGGAAGAAAGACUAGAGGAGCAAGGGACCAUUCAUCUUUCCUGGAAGGAGGAAGCCCCUCUAAAACUGCAUUUGGUGGAGGAUUGUAGUGUUAAUUAUUUGUCAAGUCUGGGAUUAUCCGCGUUUUAUUUAGUGCUUUGUAAUGAAAUCAAUUUUAGAGUAACAUCAAAACUUUUAAGAAGUUAAGGGGAGAAUUGGGGUAGUCAAAUUACUAGAGAAACGGAAGGCCGUUUUCCAGCCUUGCAGACUAUAAUAUAUAUCGCUUUUAUUUUGGUUAUUACGGUAAAAGUCUGGCGGAAGGGAGUGGGCGGAGAUAUGUAAAUAAAUGGCGCUAACGGUUAGGGCCGCAUGCUCGUGAAUGGAGCAUUCUGGGAGGAAUUAUUUUAUCCUUUCUGCAGCUAAGUGGGGAAGAAAAACAAAUCUGGUUUUGAAAGACCUGCAAAUAAAUGAAGCAACAGAAAAGGAAGAGUCUGAUUUUAGAUAGCUCAGGCUACGCGUUAUUUACUCACCCUAUAUUACAGCGGAAUGCUUUUCAGGGAGCCCAGAUUGUCCCCAUGUUAAGAACUAUCGUCAGGUAGGAUAAUCCUUACCUGUUUCUCCUUUUUGGAGAACAGAUUUGAAUAUGAUGAUUGGAGUUCGCAUGACUCGUGAUUAACGACUCUGCGUAAUCAGGGCUCGCAACACUCUGAUUGCUCCUAUCUGAUUCUUUCUGACGAUCUUUUUUUUUUCUUUUACAGUAAUCAAGGUUUUUCCAACAGAAGUUGAUUUUACUUAGUUUCGUGUGUGUGUGUAGAUUUAGUUCAGAACAAGGCCUUUUAAUUUAAUGGUUUCAUUAGCGUGAGUGGGCUUCUUAUGGAGCUGCUUUGAUUUGUAGACAAUGUCAGGGCUUUUUUUCUGAAUUGCUAGUAAGUUUUAAAUGUGUGUAUAUGCUUUUUAACUUUGAAAGCUGGGGGAGUCAGUUAUUUUGUGUACCUUUGGUUAUCUACAAAAUGAUCGUUACUGUUGGUUGUUCUUGGUGUCACACUCUAUUGUGAAGUCUAUCUCAAUAUGGCAAGAAGGACCCCCUGUACCGGGGAUGGGGAGGGUCCAUACUGGUUGGAUCUCCUACCCAGAAACUUGGCAAGCCAGUUGUUCACAGGGGGACCAUCUCCUCACCUCUGCCUGCUAACACAUGACAAUAACAUGCCUAAAAGUUAUUGAAACACAUACACACUAUUCUAUUAAGUAUUAUACAUAAAACUACUCGAGUCUCAAGUUCUAACUUGUCACAGCAUGGAUGUUCUCAAGAGUCAUGUUUCCUGGUGUAGUAUAUAUUGGGAAGGGAGAACCCAGUCCCUUCUAAAUCAGCUACAGGCAUCCAACCAGAUGCUUUCAGGUGUUGCCUCUCAGGUGAUGCCUGACACAUAAAACCUUUCCCUGACCAUAUACUUCUCCUGGCAGCCCUUCAUCCUGAGCAUUCAUUCUAUAAAUACUUACUGAGCACUUACUAUGUACAAGGCACUGUGGUAGUUACUAAGGGAACAGAUAUGAAUGUGACCCAUACUCAGCCUCGGCCACCAUAGAAAGAGUUCCCGAUACUUCCAGAGCAAUUUAAUAGCAACUUGUGAUAAGUGCUACAAAGGAGAAUUACACAUGCUAUGGAGUACUGAUUGAUUUGUCCAAGGUAGGAAAAGUGUUGCUUCUAUAGGAGCAAUUAGAGUGAGGUCCUGAAGUGUGGCCAGAGCAAAGGUAGGGGAGCAGAUUGUGAGGAAAGGCCAGGGAGGUGGACAUUGCUGGCAGUGGUUAGAGGCUUGACCAGGAAAGUCAUAUCCCACUCCAGUCUGGCUUUCACCCCCACCCAGGGGUGUGUUCUAGUGAUUUGUAAAAGCUAACUUUUUGUUUUACAGAAACUUUGUAAACCAGUUGUUAAAUGCAACUAUAAAAAUUAUGUAAAUUUACAAUUAUUUUUAAAAAACGGUAAUAAAUACUCAAGAUUCAUUACUUCCUGUUCAUUGUACAUCUUACUAUUAUAUGCUCUUAAGGUUAUUUAAAUUUAUUGUAUCUGUAUGGUAGAGAUACUAUAGAAUGUUAUACAACUGUGUAUCUCUUCUGCACUCAGACAUUUAGUUGAUAGUUUGAAAUUGGACUUGGUGGCAGUAUUUUACACCAUAGAAAUGGGCAAACACAACAUAUAUUUUGUUGAUUGUGUAGAUUUAAGAAGGUGAUGGAGAAAAUGUUAAUAAUGCAGAUUCUGUUUAGAAGUUUCAUGUCUGUAACUGUUGCAUUGUGAAUAGCACAAAAAAUGGAGGAAAUAUUUUCCUUGUAUUUGUAAACUAUUACCAGAUUUUUCCAGUGUUUUCUCACAUUCAGAUUGAGUUUAUGCAUUUUGGACAAGAGUACCAAAGUCACUCAAUCCAUUGAGGAACCAGAGGUUUCAACAUAUCUUCAUUGUUUCACUGUUUGUCUUAUUCAAAAUGUGAAUAAACAUAUUUACCAAUAUUCAUGUUGGAACUACAACCUGUAAUUAGCAUACAACUACAAGAGUGAAAUUGAUUAUUUAAAAAUAUGGCAUGUUUUAUUAUUUGUAUAUUCUGUGUUACAUAUCUUUUAUAUCAGUACAAUUUACAAUAAAUUUAAGUAUGUACAUAAA